AAACAAUGUUUAAAUGUAACAUAUAUGCAUUCUAUAUAUUGCCAUCCAUGCAUUUUAAUGAUUUGCUUUGCAUCAUCCUAUCUCCCAACAUUCAUCUAAGCUUCUGUACUAUAUGAAAAGAACACAUUUCACAACACUAGGAGAAGAGGUCAGAUUUGAUGAUAAUGGUGAUCCCAUUGCAUCCUAUGACCUGAUGAACUGGCAAAGAGAGUCGGAUGGCUCCCUUCAGCUAGUGAGGGUGGGAUUCUAUGAUGCCUCCCUCGAAAAUGAAAAGGACCUAGUAAUAGAUGAGCCAGCAAUUAUGUGGCACAGAGGAGAGAAGGUGUGUGCACCAGAAUCACUGUGCAGUAAAAGCUGUCUUCCAGGCUCCAGGAAAGCCAUGCAGAAAGGAAAGCCAGUCUGCUGCUUUGACUGUAUACCAUGUGCUGAAGGAGAGAUCAGUAAUCAAACAGAUUCAAAUGAUUGCCUGACAUGUUCUAAAGAAACAUGGCCAAACCAAGCCAAAGAUCAGUGUAUUCCUAAAACUUUAGUGUUUUUGUCCUUUCAGGAGCCCUUGGGAAUAAUUCUAUGGGCAUUUUCAGCAUUUGGGGCCUGUGUAGCUUUAGCAGUGAUUGGUGUGUUUAUAGUGUACAUGAAGACACCAGUUAUACGAGGAAACAAUAUAGAGUUAAGUUUCCUUCUCCUUCUGUUCCUCUGUGCAUGCUUUCUGAUUGGCCUAACAUUUAUAGGGAAGCCGACUGACUGGUUAUGUCAGAUUCGUUAUCCAGCUUUUGGAAUAAGCUUUACUCUCUGUAUUUCAUGCAUCUUGGCAAAAACUGUAGUAGUUUUAAUGGCUUUCAGAGCCACACUCCCUGGCAGUAAUGUCAUGAAGUGGUUUGGCCCUGCUAAACAAAUAUCAAGUGUAAUCUUGUGCACUUUUGUGCAAGCACUUAUUUGCAUCAUAUGGUUAACAACAAAGCCUCCUUUUGCAUCAUACAACACCAAGUUUAUGAGUGCAGCUAUAAUUGUUGAAUGUGCUGUAGGAUCUGAAGUUGGAUUUUGGUGUGUCUUAGGUUAUAUUGGACUCUUAGCUUGUUUGUGUUUUUUAAUGGCAUUUUUGGCGAGAAAAUUACCAGACAACUUUAAUGAAGCUAAAUUCAUCACAUUCAGCAUGCUUAUAUUUUUUGCUGUGUGGAUAACAUUCAUUCCAGUUUAUGUAAGCUCUCGUGGAAAGUAUACGGUUGCUGUCCAUGUCUUUGCUAUUCUUGCAUCUGCCUUUGGUCUCUUGCUUUGUAUAUUUGCUCCUAAAUGUUACAUUGUUCUUCUGAAACCUGAGAAAAAUGACAAAAAGCACAUGAUGAAAAAAUAA